AUGGCAACUGAGGACCAUUCUGAAGAUAAAAAGCCUUUACUUGAAGAACAUAACGCUUCUGAAACGACCAACUCGUUUCCUCCCUUGACUAAGCAAACUACUGCUGCAGUCUCGACCGAGCAAGUAACAGCAGAAAUAAGGAGCGAAACAACAGAAAAUACAACAACUAUCUUUGAAGCUGCUCAACGAGGCUCUUUUCAAACAAUUCGAUACUUGCUUGAUAACAAACUAGCGACAGUCUAUGAUAUUGACGCUCAAGGUGCUACAGCUUUGCACUAUGCCACACUAGCCAACAACGACGUAUGUGCUAAAUACCUGAUUGACAAGGGAGCCGUGGUUGAUGCUCCAGCAGGCGAUCUGCAAGCAACUCCUUUGCACUGGGCUAGCAGGCAAGUAACAAACAUACAAGGUCGACUAGGUGCAGUACACAGACUUAUCAAAGAAGGGGCUAAUCCUUCUCUUAAAGACGGACAAGGCUUCAACGCACUUCAUUUAGCCGUUCAUUCUUCGCACGCUAUGCUUGUGCUCUACUUGUUAUAUCUUGACAUUGAAAUUGAUACAUCAGACAAUGUAGGUGGCCAUACACCUUUGAUGUGGGCAGCCUAUCAAGGUCAUGCUCAUUCAGUCGAUUUGUUGCUCAAGUUUGGGGCAAGUGUAAGAGCCACAGACCAUUCUCAGCUUACACCGCUUCAUUGGGCAGCUGUGACAGGCAACAAGAUGUGUAUUCGAAAAAUGUUAGAGUACGAUGCUGAUGUAAAUGCUCGGGAUCAGAAUGGCAAGUCUGUGAUGGAUUUCAUCAAGGAGAAGAAAUACGAAAGGAUUUGGGAUAGAGCUGUGUUAGAAUUCGAUGUAUUAGCUGAAGGAAAUCCUGCUCAACAAGAUCGCAUUGGUAAAUAUCCUGGAUCCCAUGGAAAACCAAUGUCAAAGCGUACAGUGAACACAGUGGCUUAUAUUGCACCUUUUUUCUCCCUGGGAUUUGCAUUAAAAUGCUUAGCCAUGUUUCCGUGGUACGGUGGAUUACCACUGGCCAUCAUGUGCUUUGCUUUGACACAUAUUGGUAUUGUGAAAUAUCUUAUUCAGGUACCAAGCAAUGAUGCAGUAUGGAAAACACCUUAUUUCUCGAGUAUUUUUCAAUCCUCUGCUUUUUGGGUUGUGGUCACUUGGAUGUGGGUACUUGUGCCUUCUACUUCUCAUUUGUUGUUCACCAAUUUGAUCUUUUUGGUGACGUUCUUUACUGCCAUGUUUGCGUUCUUUAAAGCAGUAGCUGCUGACCCUGGGUUUAUCAAAAAAGAUCUUUCAAGAGAAAAGCAGCGAUUGGCUGUAGAAGAGUUGGCUAAUGAAAAUCAAUUGGACAUUCGACACUUUUGCUUGACUUGUUUGAUUAAGAAACCAUUGCGUUCAAAACAUUGCAAGAUUUGUAAUCGUUGUGUAGCCAGAUUUGAUCAUCAUUGCCCUUGGAUCUUCAACUGCAUUGGUGUUCGAAACCAUAGACCAUUUAUGAUCUUUUUGAUCAACAUGGUCAUUGCCAUUAUUUCGUUUGCAUUAUUAUCCAUGAAUUACAUAUCCAUUACAGCACCUAUUUAUGACCGAGGUCCUGACAGUACUUGUCUUUUGGGCUCUACAGUAUGCAGUUACUUUGACUAUGAUACCUGGACAUUAUCAUUAACACUUUGGGUCUUGAUUCAACUGACUUGGUCCAUGUUCUUAUUGGGCGUUCAACUCUAUCAAAUUGCAGUAGCCAUAACUACAAAUGAAAGUGCCAACGUCAGCCGUUAUUCUUAUAUGAAUGCUAGUCCAGCUAAUCUUGUGUCUACUUUACCUGUGGGUGUUGCUACUGGCACAGAAGGAAGUGAUGGUCCUUCUACGCUAUCCACCCAUGAAGUCCAUCGCCAUCAUCAUCAUGGUGGAUUUUGUCCUUGUCUUCAAUUAGUUGCUGGUGCCCGUGCUUUGCAUAAGGCCCGUAACCGUCCUGGUAACACGAUCAAAAGCAAUGCAUUCGAUCAUGGAUGUUGGAACAAUUGUUUGGAUUUCUGGUCUGAUUCGACUGAAGGAAAGAAUGGCAGUGUAAAUUAUUAUGAACUGUAUGAUAUUCAUCAAAUGGACUAUUACAAAAAACCAUUGGCCAUGAAUGUAUAA